UUUCACUGUGUUUCACGAUGUUUCACUGUGUUUCAAGAUGUUUCACAAUGAUUCACAAUGAUUCACGAUGUUUCACUGUGUUUCAAGAUGUUUCACAAUGAUUCACAAUGAGUCACUGUGUUUCACGAUGUUUCACUGUGUUUCAAGAUGUUUCACAAUGAUUCACAAUGAUUCACGAUGUUUCACUGUGUUUCAAGAUGUUUCACGAUGAUUCACUGUGUUUCAAGAUGUUUUACAAUGAUUCACGAUGAUUCACUGUGUUUCACGAUGUUUCACUGUGUUUCACGAUGUUUCACUGUGUUUCAAGAUGUUUCACUGUGUUUCAAGAUGUUUCACAAUGAUUCACAAUGAUUCACGGUGUUUCACUGUGUUUCACUGUGUUUCACGAUGUUUCACGAUGUUUCACUGUGUUUCAAGAUGUUUCACAAUGAUUCACAAUGAUUCACGAUGUUUCACUGUGUUUCACAAUGUUUCAAGAUGUUUCACAAUGAUUCACAAUGUUUCAAGAUGUUUCACUGUGUUUCAAGAUGUUUCACAAUGAGUCACUGUGUUUCACAAUGUUUCACGAUGUUUCACAAUGAUUCACAAUGAUUCACGAUGUUUCACUGUGUUUCAAGAUGUUUCACAAUGAUUCACUGUGUUUCAAGAUGUUUUACAAUAAUUCACAAUGAUUCAGUGUUUCACGAUGAUUCACUGUUUCAAGAUGUUUCACGAUGUUUCACGAUGAUUCACUGUGUUUCACAAUGAUUCACUGUGUUUCAAGAUGUUUCACGAUGUUUCACUGUGUGUCAAGAUGAUUCACUGUGUUUCACUGUGUUUCACUGUGUUUCACUGUGUUUCAAGAUGUUUCACAAUGAUUCACAAUGAUUCACUGUGUGUCAAGAUGAUUCACAAUGAUUCACUGUGUUUCAAGAUGUUUCACAAUGAUUCACUGUGUGUCAAGAUGAUUCACGAUGAUUCACUGUGUUUCAAGAUGUUUCACAAUGAUUCACUGUGUUUCACAGUGUUUCAAGAUGUUUCACGAUGUUUCACUGUGUGUCAAGAUGUUUCACAAUGAUUCACUGUGUUUCACAAUGUUUCACUGUGUUUCAAGAUGUUUCACAAUGUUUCACUGUGUUUCAAGAUGUUUCACAAUGAUUCACUGUGCUUCAAGAUGUUUCACUGUGUUUCAAGAUGUUUCACAAUGAUUCACUGUGUUUCAAGAUGUUUCACUGUGUUUCACAAUGAUUCACGAUGUUUCACUGUGUUUCACGAUGUUUCACAGUGUUUCAAGAUGUUUCACAAUGAUUCACAAUGAUUCACGAUGUUUCACUGUGUUUCAAGAUGUUUCACAAUGAUUCACAAUGAUUCACGAUGUUUCACUGUGUUUCAAGAUGUUUCACAAUGAUUCACAAUGAGUCACUGUGUUUCAAGAUGUUUCACGAUGUUUCACGAUGUUUCACGAUGUUUCACGAUGUUUCAAGAUGUUUCACAAUGAUUCACAAUGAUUCAAGAUGUUUCACAAUGAUUCACUGUGUUUCACUGUGUUUCAAGAUGUUUCACAAUGAUUCACAAUGAGUCACUGUGUUUCAAGAUGUUUCACGAUGUUUCAAGAUGUUUCACAAUGAUUCACAAUGAUUCAAGAUGUUUCACAAUGAUUCACUGUGUUUCAAGAUGUUUUACAAUGAUUCACAAUGAUUCAGUGUUUCACGAUGAUUCACUGUUUCAAGAUGUUUCACGAUGUUUCACGAUGUUUCACGAUGAUUCACUGUGUUUCACAAUGAUUCACUGUGUUUCAAGAUGUUUCACGAUGUUUCACUGUGUGUCAAGAUGAUUCACAAUGAUUCAAUGUGUUUCACAGUGUUUCACAAUGUUUCACGAUGUUUCACUGUGUUUCAAGAUGUUUCACGAUGUUUCACUGUGUGUCAAGAUGAUUCACAAUGAUUCAAUGUGUUUCACAGUGUUUCACAAUGUUUCACUGUGUGUCAAGAUGUUUCACAAUGAUUCACUGUGUUUCACAAUGUUUCACUGUGUUUCAAGAUGAUUCACAAUGAUUCACUGUGUUUCACAGUGUUUCAAGAUGUUUCACAAUGAUUCACUGUAUCCAUGUCCUGCUGUGAAACCAGUUCUUAACAAGAAGAUUUAGAACUCCAUGGAGGUCUGACGUCUGAUUUAAGUGUUGUUUUUUUUAGUAUAAUGGAGGAAAAGGAGAACAGGUUGGCUGGUCGGGUGGAACUCGUUACCUGUCAGGUGCGUGCAGAGGGGGCGGGGCCACAGUAAAGCAGAUUACCUGACAGGUUUACUGCUGCCGGACUUUAGAUUCUGAUAAACUAGGUGAGCUCGUAAAUGUGACAUCAUUAAUCUUUAUUGAACAGUUGGGUAGGCGACAUUUGAUCCGCUUGUUUUUUAACUAUUGAUUAUUGAGAUUUAUUUAAAGUUUGAUUGGCAGCUCUGACAGGUCGUCACUCAGACUCUGAUUCUUCUUAAAUCAUCACAAAGAUCAUUAAACACUUUAUUUGAUAUUUAAUUAAUCAUUUAAUCAUUUAAAUCAAUCUAAUAAUAAUAAUCUUGUAACCAAUAGUUUCUUAAUAUUUUAAUCAGCAUGACGACAGAGUGAUGUUUUCAUUUCAAAGUAGAAUAAAUCUCUUUCAGGAUAUUUUCUAAUAUAAAUAUUGGGUCAACAAUAUUCGACUCUGCAGAGACAGUGUUAAUGAUUAUUAGCUGCUUUAUUGAUAAUGAGUCAGCUCAAUAAAAGCUGAUCACAGAUCAGAUUCAGAGUCUCGGAGGACAACAGUCAGUUUGUGACUUCAGAUUUAACCAAACAGACCUGACGUCUGCUGCAGGUGUACUAACUCAGGUGAGUCUGGUUCUUUUUCUUCCCUGAAGGUCCGAUCACGUCUGAUGUUUUUUUUCUAAUUUGAACUUGUUUGAAUAUUUCAUUCUUUAGAAAGUGAUUACUUUUCAGACUAUUGAUUAUAGAAACACUAAUGAGGUUGGUGUCUGUUGGAGUGGAAAUAAAUCUGGGUUAAAGGACGACAUCACAGAACAUUCGGGUUCAGAUGAACUCUGGAACCGGGUUCCUUUCUGUAUUGGUUCUGUUCAUUCUGGACUGAACAAGUCAGAACACGUUCCUGAUCCACAGUCCUCCUCCUGUGGACCAGUAUAGUCUAAAGAUUAAGUUUAUCUGAUAUUAAUCUGAAAUUAUCUAUCAGAUUAAUCUGACAUUCUAACGUUAAUCUAAGGUUAAUCUGAAGUUAUUGUGAAGAUAAUCUGACAUUAAUCUGAGGUAAGGGUGUACACCUGCAGCAGCCUGAUGUGCAUUGCUUUGUGGGUAAAAGUGGAUCCUGUACGGAACAGGGAUCCAGAGAAGAGGUCUUAGUGUAGUGGUGAUGGUGAUGUGAGACCGUUUAUCGAUUACCUGCAGGCAACCACGAGCAGACACGCUAAGUGGGGAGAACAGUAGCUUGUCCAAACAUCUAGUUCAGCUGUUGAGACUACAGAUCUCAGUUUAUGGAGAUUUAUCUGAUAGUGUUUAGACAGUUUAGGAGCCCAGAUAAUCCAGAGGCAUCCCUGGGUUCGAAAGAAAGACUUGGAUGUCGUUGGCAUAUCUACGAUCUGUUCGAACGGCAGCAGACAUAAAGAGAAUAACAGGGGCCCCAGGACCGAGCCCUGGGGGACACCACAGGAAACAGACUCAGACAUCAUGUCUCCAAUAGAGACAGGAUGUAAACCAGUCUAAUCCUGAGGCCCCCAGGCCACCUCUUAUCAGGAGACGAUGGUCUGUUGUCUGAAACGUAGAGCUGAGGUCUGGAAGUACCAGCACAGAGUACUCACCUGCAUCAGAGAACAUUAGUGGUCGUUAGAGACCAGAGCCGUCUCAGUACAAGGCUGUAAACCCUGACAGAAAGCGUGCUUGGAACAGGAAGGGAAUCCUCCUGUAGAGAACAGGUGACGACAGCGAGGCCAGAGAAAGGCAACACUUUAUAAAAUAAGAUGGUCCUACAUCCUGAGGGCUAAAGGAGAGCUCCGACAGACAUCAGCUCACCAACAGAGAAGGUAAAGAACAUUGUAACACUUUAUGUGGAUGGUCCGCCUGCAGCUGUCAGGAUGAAACGCCUGUCGUCUCUGGAGCUUCUCCUCAGCUGCGUGUCCUCUCUUCUUCUGGUCUGUUGUGUCGGACUGAUCGUGGUUUCCUGGAUCAGCCUGAAGCCUGAAGAUGGCGAGGAGCCAGCGGUGCUGACGGCUCGGAUGGUGAUCACGCAGGGAGCCGUUUUCUCCGAAGAGCUGAACAACUCCAGCAGUCUGCUCUUUAAAGCUCUGGCCUUCGACGUCCAAACCCUGGUGUCUGAGGCAUUCAGUCACAGCGAGCUCAGACGUCUCUUCAAGUCCUGUCAGGUUUUAUACUUCAGUCGGGGCAGUGUGGCGGUGACCUUUGACCUCUGGUUCAAUCAGAUGAUUGAUGUGAAGGAGGCGGAGCAGCAGCUGGCGGCGGGGCUUCAGGAAGUCGGGUCUACGGGAUUGGUGAUCGACAGAAGCCGCAUCCAGAUUACAGAGAAAGAAGACAAGACGACGGCUUCACCGACGAUCGUCACACCUACAGCAGUAACGUGUCCUCCCCAUCACGCUUCGUGUGCUGAUGAAUCGACGUGUGUUCUGAUCGAUCGGUUCUGUGACGGAGUGGACGACUGUCCUGACGGCUCUGAUGAGGACGCUGCUCGCUGUGCGACAGCGUGUGACGGACAGUUUGUGCUGACCGGGCCGAGCGGGUCGUUCAGUUCAUCAGGUGACUCGGAGACGUACGACAGCAGCAGCUUCUGCCGCUGGAUCAUCAGGGUGGACAGAGGCCUUUCUGUUCAGAUCAGCUUCCAGCAGUUUGAAACAGAAGAAAACAUCGACAUGCUGAGGCUCUAUGAAGGAGUCGGGGAGGACAAACACCUGGCAGCUGAGCUCUCAGGCUCCGCCCCUCCCGGGACUGUGUGGCUGCUGACCGACCAAUCAACGGUGGAGUUUACUUCUGAUGAGGUCAACAACCUGUCAGGAUUCAACGCCACCUACAGCGCCGCCAACACCUCCACCCUCUCAGACCAGCAGAAGCUGAGCUGCUCCUUUGAGCAGGGCAUGUGUUUCUGGAGGCAGCAGCAGGACGAUGAUGGAGAUUGGAUUCGAACCAGGGGCCCCACGUUUCCUCCGCUGACCGGCCCGAGUGUUGACCACACGCUCGCCGACGGCUCAGGUUUCUACAUCGUCACUCCUCUGAGUCCCAGCCAAUUUCUGAAGAGAUUCAGGAUCUACAGCCUCCCUCUGACUGCGCCCACACAUCCCAUGUGCCUGAGCUUCUGGUACCACAUGUUUGGAGAAGAUGUCGACCAUCUCAGAGUCCUGCUGCUGUCCGAAGCCGCCGCUACUGUGGCGUUCCAGAGAGACGGUAACUAUGGCGACAACUGGAACUACGGCCAGGUGACCCUAGACAUGACCACGAAGACCACGGUGGUGUUUGAAGCUCUGAAAAAAGGAGGGAUGCUGAACGACAUCGCUUUGGAUGACAUCACACUUACCUCUGAUGCCUGUGGCCCCGCCCCCCCUGAACCAACCAAUGUCCCGCCUCCACCAACCCCUCCCCCCAUGCCAGCUGACUGCGGAGGACCCUUUGACCUCUGGGAGCCAAACUCCACCUUCAGCUCGCCAAAUUACCCGCAAUCCUAUGGCAACAAGGCUACGUGUCUGUGGACUCUUCAUGCCAGCGAAGGUCAGAACAUCCAGCUACACUUCCUGGACUUUGAAGUUGAAUCGACCUAUGAUGUCGUGGAGGUGCGGGACGGGGCGGGGUCAAAGUCCACCUUACUAGCUGUCCUCACUGGCAGGGAUGGCCCCGCCCACGACCUCUUCUCAACAACCAAUCAGGUGACAGUGUGGUUCUUUACAGACGAAUCGGGUCACGGCCGAGGAUUCAGUGCCAACUUCACCUCCGGGGUCAACCUGGGGUCCCCAGCUCCGUGUGCGGUCGGUCAGUUCCAGUGUCAGACAGGAAGAUGUAUUCGUGGUGACUAUCAGUGUGACAGCGUGGUCGACUGUCCCAACGCCUCUGAUGAAGCUGGCUGCGUUGUGCUGCAGGUGAACGGUUCCAGUCGGCUUCAGUUUCAGCUCAUCUCCUCUCUGUACACUGUGUGUGCUGACAACUGGAACUUUCACCUGUCUGACUUCACCUGUCAGUACCUGGGAUACAGGUCCGGGGAGGCCACACUGCUGCCGGCUCUGCCUCAGGAUUCCCCGUUUACAACGGUCACAGUCACCAGCGAUGGAAAACUGGAUACCAGGAUCAGUGAAACAUGCAGCAGUGAGAAAGUGAUUUCACUGAAGUGUGACAACCAACCUUGUGGCGUUCGACAGAUCACCAACAACACGAGGGAGACCAACCAAUCAGCAGAGAGGAUACCUGGUCAAGGUGUGGUUAGAGUGGUGGGCGGGGUUGACACGGUGAAGGGGGCGUGGCCAUGGAUUGUGUCUUUGCAUUGGAGGGGGCGUCAUGUCUGUGGAGCCUCAUUGAUUGGCAGAGAUUGGCUGCUGACCGCUGCACACUGCGUCUACGGGAAGAACGUCCACCUGAUGUCGUGGUCGGCUGUUUUCGGUCUUCACUCUCAAAGUGACUUAAACUCUGUGGACGUUCAGACCCGACAAGUCGAUCGCAUCGUCAUCAACAGGCAAUACAACAAACAGACCAAACAGGCCGACAUUGCCAUGAUGCACCUGCAGCAGCCAAUCAGCUUCACCGAGCUGGUGCAGCCGGUGUGUUUACCUCCUGAAGGUCAGGACGUCGCAGCAGGAACAAGAUGUUUCAUCGCAGGAUGGGGACGAGACGCUGAGCAGGGUUCUCCCACAAAUGUUCUCCAGGAGGCUGAGGUUCCGGUGCUGGUUCAGGAUCAGUGUCAGCUUCAGUUACCUGAGUACACCAUCACCUCCAGCAUGCUGUGUGCCGGAUACCCAGAGGGGGGGGUCGACUCCUGUCAGGGCGACUCUGGAGGCCCACUGAUGUGUCUGGACGAUAGACACUGGACUGUGAUUGGUGUGACAUCGUUUGGGAAAGGCUGCGGGCGUCCUCAGAGACCUGGAGUCUACGCCCGGGUUUCUGCCUUCACCUCCUGGAUCGCUCAGACCAGACGCUCCUCCUCCUCCUCCUCCUCCAACUUUAAUCCGUAGAGUGAUGAGAUGACCCCCCCCCCCCCCCCCCCCGUAUUAACCAGACCCACCUGAGCUUUUCUUAAGUCAGCUUUGUCCACAACAGCAAUUUCAAACUCUGUUUCCCAACGUAAUGAACAUAAGUCACAUGACACAACACAAAGGAGGUCAACCAGUCGACAUCCAUGAAGCCGCUGACCUCCCUCCCCUGUGAAGGUUAGGCUAAGGGGCUUUAACUCGCUAGCUACACACUUUAGCUAGCUAACGCUAAUGCUAAUACGUAACUUAUGUAGGAUGCACAACUUACGUAACAUAAUUAAAAACCUUAAUCGAUCUUGUUUCACACGGGAACCGAAUGCCGGCCUCCUGAGUGAAAGUCCAGUUUUGACCCGUCCAACCUCCUUAUACAGACACGUCACCUGACAUCCUCUGCAGCUGCUGUUGUACGCCACUAGAGGGCGGAGCCACAGGAAACGUAAUUAUGGGUUGUAGCAACGCGGUUGUACAAAUAUCUGAGUGUUUCUCUGGUGAGGACGAGAGACACUGAGAGACACUGAGAGAGAGAGCAACCUGUUGCUCAACGCCCGCAGAACCAAGGAGGCGACAACACUCCUGUCUGCAUCAGUGGAGCUGAGGAGGAGCAGGAGGAGGAGCAGGAGGAGGAGCUGAGGAGGAGCUGAGGAGGAGCUGAGGAGGAGCUGAGGAGGAGCUGAGGAGGAGCUGAGGAGGAACAGGUGAACCAGAGGUGAAUCAGCUCCAGAGAACCCCACAUGGACGUCUCACAUCUCCAUGCUGCUGAUCUCAGAUCAGCUGAUCUGACACACUGACAGGAGUCGGGUGGAUGUUUUUGGUUUUGUCCUGAUAAUAAAUCACAUGUUCAAUGAUUUACAGAACGGUUUAUCAAAAUAAAGUUUUUUCCUGGAUUUAAUAAAAAAUGUACGACUCGUGUGUUUUCGUCAUAUUGCAGAUAAAUGCCUCCUGAUGGGAUAGAAGAUAUUUUAAUACAUUCUGUAACGUGUGAGGUCCUAAAGGACAGAACCCGCCCAGCCUGUCCGCCCUGCUGCAUUCUGGGAAGAGAUGGCACCUCCAGAGCAGAGCCCUGUAGAGAGGGAGUUCAGUCCAAAAUCCCCGAAGUCCUGGACAGGCAAAACGGUGAUUUUAAGUGAUUUCUGGUCAUUUCUACAAUAAAUGCGUUGAUGCACGGCGUUCGUACGGCACACUGAGGCGUGAGACAUUUGUUUGACAGCUCCAGUGUCCCACCUUGUUGGCAUGUUUUUGGCUAACCUCACAUUGGAAAGUGUUCCUCUUGAAAACACAAUGUUUUAAAACAGUCCUUCGGUAAUCCGGGUUAAUUGAUCUGAACGACUAAUGUGAUCUUCGGGUGACGAGCAUUUACUCAUUUAGCUGACGCCUUCAUCCAAACUGCAGCUGCUGUGCACGUCAGAGGUCGCACGCCUCUGGAGCAGCGAGCGGUAAGUGUCUCGCGCAGGGACACAGUGGAGAUUGAACCCACCAAAGGCAUGCGUCUUGUCCACUGCACCAUCGCCCCCCGUAUUCAUCAGUGAAUAAACUCAGCGUGUUUAGUGGUUUGUGAUCUGCGUCAGUCUACAGCAGACGCUGAGAAAGGAGGAUGAACGUUUCCCAGCUGAGGAGGAAGAAAUGGCCGACUCAGGUCAACAGGAGCCAAAAAUACGUGAGGUACUUUUUCCACAAUGAAAGACCACAUCGCCGGCUUAAUGUCUGGUUUAUUGAAAACAUCCCUGCAGAUCAUCUUCAGGCUCCUCUGACCCCCCUGUGAUUCUGAGAGAGGGUCAGACAGGUCAGGGUGAAGAUGCUGGUUGGCUGACGGGCGUCCAGAGUCUAAAUAACAUCUAACUUACAAACCACAGCGACUGGGGGGGCGUCUUACCCCAAACAUACUAAUCUAGCAUUUUACUACUUUAACCAAAAACUAUAAAAAUCUUACUUAUCUUCAGGCUCCCCGUGAUGUAAAUAUUCAUUUAGAUAUAAACUGAACACAAUGAAAAAAUUACAGCUUAUUUUAAAUGACCCCAAAAAAAUGGCUUUGAUCAAAUAACUUCAAACAUUGAGAGGAAGUUUUAGUUCAGUGGGGGGGUGACCCCAUGUUAGCCUGCGCGAUUUAUUGAUUUUUAUUGUUUCUUUAUCUAUAUGAGUGACGUCAGAUCCGAUUGGAUCCAGCAGGGGGCGGAAGUGAUCCGGAACGGACUCAAACCACCAGAAGAAGAAGAGGAGCUAGCGUUUCUGUUUCAGUCUGGUUCUACUAACAGCUGAUGGACCGGGUCUGAGAGAGACCCGGACCCAGAGCGGAGCCGGGUCAGCGCUAGGAACAAGGAGG